AUGGGAUCAUGUUGUGCUAACCCUUCGUAAGAUAAAGAACCUUUUACUGCUAUUCCAGCUCCAAUAUAAAUAAGCAACGAAAAUUUAGAGGUCAAGGAACCAACAAAAAUUAAAGAAUCUAAUGAAACUCCAAGUUCACCUAUAAGAUCAGAAAAAAUCGAUGUAUUAGUUGAUAUUAAAAUAUAGCACAGGAAGAGAAUUAUGGAAGCAUUAAGAGUUAUAGAGGAGUGUUGAUUGAAAACACUAAUGUAUAUAUGCAUUCUUUUAAUAGUAUAGAUAUUUGAUGAACAAUCUUCACUAGCUCUAACCAUAUUUAAUUCUUUAGGUAUUUAUGUUAAGGAUUAAAGGUCCAUUUCCAUUUCCAAUCAUUAAAGAUCAGACACUUACUUAUGCUGGUCCAGUUCAAAUUGAUGCAGGGUAUAUCUAAAGUAGAUGUUAGAUCAUUUUAUAUGGGAUAAUGGUCAGAUGGCAAAAGACAUGGAUUUGGAAAAUAGUUAUAUCCUUUUGGAUCAAUAUAUGAAGGGGAAUGGUAUAAUGAUUAAUAGUAGGGAUAUGGAAGAAUGGUUCUUCCUAAUGGUGAUUAGUAAAUAAUCAGUUUAUAAAAUUAGUUAUGAAGGAGAAUGGAAAAGUGAUAAGGCAUGGGGAACUGGAAAAUAUGUUACUAUAGAUGGAACUACAUACAAUGGACAAUGGGUAGAUGAUAAAUAACAUGGAGUAAAUAAUAAUAUAUAUAUGAUGAGAAAGCUGUUGAGGAGUGGAAAAAUGGUUAAAAAUAUGAAGGCAAUUAUUUAAAUGGUUAAAAAACUGGAUAUGGAGUGUUUUAUUGGCCAGAUGGUUCUAAAUAUGAAGGGGAAUUAUUGGAUGGAAUGCCUCAUGGUAAUGGUGAAUAUACUUGGAGAGAUGGCAAAAAGGUAUAUUGGAAAUUGAAAUUAGUAUAAAGGAGAAUGGAUGUUUAAUUAAAUGCAUGGUUAUGGAAUAUAUAUUUGGCCUGAUGGAAAAAUAUAUAAAGGAAAUGUAUUUUUAUUUAACUAUGAAUUGUAGUUUGAAAAAGAUUAAAGAGAAGGCUAUGGAGAAUUGGAUUGGUCAGAUGGAAGAAUAUAUAAAGGUAAUUGGAAAAAUGGUAAAUAACAUGGUGAAGGAGCAUUUAUUUAUAAGAACAAAAUAAGAAAAGGAGUUUGGUAAUAUGGUUAGCCAACAAAAUGGUGUCAAAGUGAAAUAUUAUCAAUAUAAUGA